GUAGAGAAGCUAAUGGUUUUCCAGCGAAGAUAAAUAAUUAUCCUCUCUCUCUUCUCUCUCUCUCUCUCUCUCUCUCUAUCCACCACUAUCAUUAUUCAUCAUCAUCUCGUUUUGCUGCAUCUUUUCUCUCUCCGAAUAUAUAUACACAUAUACAUACACGUAGUGGGGAGUCAUAUAUAACCCACCACCUCCACCCCUUUUUGGGGUUUUCCUGCUGACAUUUGACCUCGAUCAAGGACCCUUCAAAUCAAGUUCAGAUUGGGGAGCAGUAAAUUUGGAAGCCCAGAUCCGGUUGGAUUAAAUUUGAGAGGGAAAGAAGAAUGUCUUUUCUCGGGACAACACAAAAAUGCAAGGCGUGUGAGAAGACUGUUUAUCAUGUUGAGCUUUUGUCAGCAGAUGGAAUUAGCUUUCACAAAUCCUGCUUCAGAUGCUCCCAUUGCAAAGGAACCCUCAAGCUGAGCAAUUACUCAUCAAUGGAGGGUGUUCUCUACUGCAAGCCUCACUAUGAGCAGCUUUUCAAAGAGACCGGAAGUUUCACCAAGAACUUCACUUCGCCUGCAAAGUCAGCCGAGAAGUCAUCAACUCCAGAAAUGACAAGAUCACCUAGCAAAGCUGCUGGUAUGUUUUCCGGUACACAAGAUAAAUGUGCAACGUGUGCCAAAACAGCUUACCCAUUGGAGAAGGUGACUGUGGAAAACCAAAGCUACCACAAGUCUUGUUUCAAGUGUUCACACGGUGGAUGCUCUCUCACUCCAUCAAACUAUGCCGCCUUAGACGGCAUACUUUACUGCAAACCUCAUUUUUCGCAGCUAUUCAAAGAAAAGGGAAGCUACAAUCAUGUACUCAAAUCUGCCUCGAUGAAACGCCCAACGGCUGUUGUUGCUGUUCCAGAUUCUCCAACUCAUCAGGCGACUACUUGAUUUUUUUUAUUUUUCUAAUUAUAUGUGUGGAUGUGUUUUCGAAUCUUUUUCUGGUUUGAUUUUCAUUGCCUGUAAACUUGAAAUUAUUGUUUUCCCCCCUUUUUCCGGCGUCUUCUUUCCCCAGCCGAGUUUAUCGCUGGUCUGAGUUCCCAUUGAAUUUAUGGGAUGUUCCAAUUUCCCAACAUUGGUUAUUUACUUGACAACCCUCUUUUAUAAUACUCUAUUUGACCCGCCUUUA